UAUGAUGCAAGCCGUCGAUCUUUAUUCGAAGUUCGAACCGAUUUGGCAAAUCGGCUGGCCAGUUAGCUGAGCGCUCAGCAAUCGAUCACCCCGGUUGCUUUCGACCACCAUGUCAGCGGAUGUACAAACAUUGAAGUCCGUCGACCUGCGCUCUAUCUUGACUUUCACCAUCAAGCUUGCACGCACUGCCGGUACAUUAAUUCUCGAAGGCUCACAAGCCAUUCAGUCAACUUCGGACGUCAAUGAAAAGAAGAAUUCCGUCGAUUUGGUCACUGAAUACGAUGUUGCUGUCGAAGAGCUCGUGAAGAACGAAAUCUUCGAGGCAUACCCCAGCUUCAAGUUCAUCGGAGAGGAAUCAUACUCCUCUGGAACUCGUAAUGAGCUCACGGAUGAACCAACAUACUGCGUUGAUCCGAUCGACGGGACCACGAACUUUGUCCACGGCUUCCCAUUUGCGUGUAUUUCUCUUGGAUUAAUCUAUCAGAAGCGGCCCGUUCUAGGUGUCAUAUACAACCCCUUCCUAGACCACCUCUACACCGCGAUCGAAGGUCAAGGAUCAUUCCUCACUCGUGGUAAUAGUCAACCUCUGAAACUACCCCUCACCAAGCCUAAGUCCCUUUCAUCCUUGCGGAAGGCUCUUUUGGCCCUCGGAUGGGCCUCUGACCGUGGCAAAAAGAUGCUGGUACCAAAAUCCGACUCAUUCUUGCGUCUCGCGGGCGAUCCUGCAGACGGCAUCACAGGGGGACGAAUGGCUCAUUCUAUACGGUCCCUGGGCAGUACAGCGCUUAAUUGCUGUAUGGUCGCUCAAGGUGGCAUAGACUUAUUUUGGGGAACCGAUUCCUGGCCAUGGGAUGUCUGCGCUGGCAUCGUCAUCGCUCAGGAAGCUGGUGGUGUGGUAGUGGGGUCACAUGCAGCUUUGGCCGCUGCGACGUCUACCGGCUCUAGCAUUGAUCCUUUCAAGGUCACGCCGGAUGUUUUGACAGGCCGCAAGUAUCUAGUCAUCCGUGCUAUUCCGGACACACCCAACGAAACGGGUAGAGAGGCACAGUUGCGGAUCGCUAGAGAUUUCUACGAGACUGUAGAAGAUGUUGAAUCGAAGUAGGAUUUCCCUCACGGAAUCCUCCAAAGUUGAAUCAGGAUACAAGAACGAUUUACGGCAGUUUUGCAAAUGUACAUAUCACUUCGCUUCAAGUCACUGGAUGCUCCUGACUUGUC